AUGAUCAACGAAAACACUAUGGCUUCAGAUACACAGACCAGUAGCAUCUGCCUCAAUGUGGCUAUCGACCAUCGGAUCAGACGGCUGUCCAAGCCCGUCCGAAAAUAUGAGACCGACCCUUCCACACAUGUUUCCCGUAUCGAGAAAGCAGGCCAACUGCUGAAGCUACCUCGCCCCGAGAUUCAAGUCACAGCAGAGAUGGCUGGUCCAUCAGUCAAGGGUGGCAUUGCUGUGAUGCUGCAACAGCCUCGGCACAACCACCCAUUCGAAAAGGGCCUUGACGCCGUCAUUGACGACUGUGAGACUUUCCGCGCCCUUGAAGACAUAUUCAACGUGGUAUCUUGUGGGAGUCUCGACUUUCGUAAAGACAUUUCUGUCAUUGACCUUUUGCCGUACGUUUCAGGAGAAAUAAGCGAAGUUGACGAUGCUGCGCUCCAGAACGCCUUUCGCACGUCAGCCUCAGUCAUUUGUGACAAGGAGCCCGACGUUCUGCUAUGUGCAGGCAAGAUACCUAUGCCUAUUAAAAGGGCCCGUGAAGUCAAAGAUAACUCAAGAGUUUACUUGAUUGAGAACCUUGGGGUUGGGGAGCAGUUCGGGCGCACGCCGAAGCGGCCUAUUCAGGCGAAGCUUCGACCAGAAGGGCAACGUGGAUUUGUCACCAUUCCUAGGGUCAACGGCUUCCACCCCAGCUUCGCCAUCAAUCGCCACUCUCACAUAAGUAUACUGCGACAGCUUCAAAUUUUGAUAGGGGCUGAAGUUUGCGGCAUGUAUAGGAGUGAUUGGGAGGAAAUGGCAUGGAUGGAUAUACUGAGACUUCGUUGCCUAUCUAUCUCAAAUACUGCAAACACGUCUGCAAGAUCUCCCACACCAGCGACCCCAAGUAAGAGCAAACCCUGGCGCAGCAGCUCAAGAUAUAUUCCAGAGUACCAAGUGCUCUAUUCGGAAGCACUUCUCGACAUAAGAACCUGCGUCAGUCGUCUCGUCUCUACAGACCAGCAGUAUGAAGUCCUGCUCAACAGUGGUCUGAGCGAAAAGUGUAACGAUGCCAGCCUUAUACUGGGACAGAUGCAUCGCUUAAAAAAGAGGGGUUGGCCUGACUCUGUAGCUUGGAAGAAUGAGGCUGCCUUAAGGGAAGCAGGCGCCGAAACUGAUCUUUUUGUUGCCAAGACGACUCAAGCAGUUGGCGCAGCAUCCAAGAACAAACCUCUCGUAAAGAUAUUACGGCAGAACCUCAAGAAUAUUUCAGACCUCGUCACAACGGUAUCAACGAGGCCACGCAAACAGUUUGACCUAAACGUAGGUGACGCGGUCGCCGCUUUUCUUCAGCUGGCGGUUGACGUCGAGACGCUUUUGCUGGAUUUACUACAAAAGAAAGAGGAUGCACUCAAUUCCCAGGGUCAGGAGGAUAUAUUGUCAAAACAGUUCAGCAAGAUGGGUCUGGCACCAGUAGUUACAGAGGUUUCCGCGCCGACAUCCUAA